UAUUCAUUCCAUUUCUCUUUUACUUCGAUAUUACUGGUUUUAUAAAAACGUGUAUUCCUCUUGUUUUAUGUUUCUAAAAUCAGAAAAUAUGUUUUGCACAUAGCGAACAAAACGAAACAUGUCAGGUGAGGUGCCGCCGGAGUGCGAUCGACUUCACCGGGCGUUGCUGCAGUGCCAUCAACGAGUCCCUAGUGGUCCAUCUCGUGAAGCGGCCUGCCGCCACCUCAAUCGUUCCCUUGCUGAAUGCAUGAUUGCAUUCAUCUGCCCUGAUGAGUCAUCGGCCGUAAAGACCCUUUGUCGCAAUAAAGGGACUUCUCUCAAGCGGUCUCAGUGCCAACAAGCCCAGAUCUCUCUCGCUGCUUGCAUCUCUUUUCAUCAAGAUCCAUCCUAACAUAUCAAAGCCCUAAUCCCAAAUUUUUGCUUCUCAUUCUUCGCUAGGUCAGUGGUUCAUCCUCGGUUGAAAAAGAGGAAAAAAAUUUUAGCUAUUUCCCUAAUUUUGUAAGUAUUCUCUGCACUCCGUUUGGUUAUCCAUAUAUCAAUCUUUUGUGAUUGAAUGAUUUACACUGCUGCAAUAGAACCACAAUUAGGGGCCACCACUAUUAGGGCUGGUCAGAUACUCGUGAUCUUUCCCUUGAUCUUUCCUGAAUUCCAGAUGCUAUAAUGAUAUUGAAAUCUUAAUUUUUUGAUGUAACGUUCUAAAUUAUAACUAGGCAUGAGCGCAAGUGGUAGUUUGAGUUUAUCAUUGUGCUAAUUUAUUAUAUUCUAAGUUUAUUGAUGUAAAUUGAGAUAAUGUAUACGACAAUGAUCUUUUCCUUGUUGAUGAAAUAAGAUAAUGAUCCCUGUGAUUCAGUCGUUUA